UGGCCCAGGCACCUAGAUCUAACAUUAUACAAUGGGCUUGACAGCGAACAAAUGUUUAAUCUGUAAGCGGUUUAGGAGAGUGUGUUGGUGACAGAGAGAGCGCGCGCGUCUUCGGUUGUGUAUGAUUCAUCAUGGCGAGUUCUACAGCCGUCCCCCCAUCAGCAGCGAACGCUCCAUCUCUCAAGGGCUCCGGUAAUGAUGUAUCCAGCAGAAACGGCAUGGAAGACAGUGUCCACAGCUUCAAGGCGGCUGACCUGGUCAUUGAGCUGUCCCAGACCCACAAGGCCAAACCUGACCUGACCAAUCUGGUGUUUGGAACUGUGUUCUCUGACCACAUGUUGACCAUAGAGUGGACAAGCAAUGGAGGCUGGCAGAAACCUCACAUCAAGCCCUUUGGUAACCUGUCUCUCCACCCGGCCUGCUCAGCCAUGCACUACGCUGUGCAGUUGUUUGAGGGUAUGAAGGCAUACCGAGAUGCUGAUGACAAAGUGCGUCUCUUCAGACCCAUGCUCAACAUGAACCGUAUGGCCAAUUCUGCAGAGAGGGCCUGCCUGCCGGCCUUUGACAGGGCAGAGUUGGUAGAGUGUAUCAGGAGGCUGGUACAGGUGGAUCUGGAGUGGGUACCCAAGUCAGACUCUGCCAGUCUCUACAUCCGACCCACUUUCCUGGGUACUGAGCCGUCUCUAGGAGUGAAGAAGCCGUCCCGUGCUCUGCUUUAUGUGAUCCUGAGUCCUGUUGGUUCCUAUUUCAGUACAGGAGCUAAGCCUGUCUCUCUCUGGGCCGACUCCAAAUACAUCAGAGCCUGGAGAGGAGGGACUGGAGACUGUAAGAUGGGAGGGAACUACGGAGCAUCUAUCUACGCCCAGUAUGAAGCAGCGGAUUAUGGGUGCCAGCAGGUCCUCUGGCUGUACGGAGACGACCAUCAAAUCACAGAGGUCGGAACCAUGAACAUGUUCCUCUUCUGGAAUAAUGAGAAUGGAGAGGAGGAGCUGGCAACGCCCCCUCUGGAUGGAAUAAUCCUACCUGGGAUCACGCGGCAGAGCAUCCUGGAACUCACCAGGAAAUGGGGGGAGUUUAAGGUUUGUGAGCGGUACCUGACCAUGGCAGACCUACGCUGUGCUCUGAAAGAGGGCCGUGUUAAGGAGAUGUUUGGCUCUGGUACUGCAUGUGUGGUCAGUCCCGUGGGACGCAUACUCUACCAGGGAGAGAACCUACAUAUCCCCUGCCAGGACGAUUUCCCCCAGCUGGCCUCUAGACUGAUGAAGGAGCUCACAGAUAUACAGUACGGCCGGACCCAGAGUGACUGGUCUGUCCUCGUGUAACCAAGACAAAGUGGUGUGGGUAUCUGGGACAAGCACACACAAGCUGCGUAUGCAUAUACGCAGACACACACACACACACACACACACACUCAGUUUGAAAUCCCAUAGGGUCAGUAGCAAUGUUAUUCCACUCUAACUCUGCUCAAAUUGUGCACGACCUCCCCAUUAACACGCCCUGCCCUGCGCAGAACUGACACGCAGACGGUGUAGAUCUCAAUAGUCUGCCCUGGUGUGGCAGCCCUGCUAAAGGGUUAGCUCUAAAAUAUUACCAGCAGAAGGUUUAGAGGAGUAGCAAUGACCAGCAACUAAUGUUCAACCACUUUGACUCAGUAGACCUUUUAGAAGGGUCAUGUUACGUAGGCAGAUGUUAUGUAUUUCAGUAUCGUUACAUGCACGUGUGUUGUUUGAACCCGUGCCAUGUGAAAACCUUCUUUUUGAGUAUGGCAUUUCUAUUUUUAAUAGAUGAUUUUAGAAUUGUAUUUCGCACAAUUAUAUACAUUUUAAUGUGAGCUUAAAUGACGGAGCAAGUUUAUCAUGGAACGCAGUUUAGUGCUGCUAAAAGAGAAUGAUGAGUGAAUUAAAAGAGGGCACCGGAAAUAAGCCCUGAUAUAUCAGAGUGAGAGAGAUCCCUGACGCCUAGAGUGGUAGAAUGAUACACCAACCACUGGUAUCAAAGAAAGCACAAGUCGAAGUAGCAGGUAGUAAUAUCAUUCCACGCCAGUUGCUGUGCACAAUCAAGUGUGUGAUGCUUAAUGUCAAAAUGUAUGUUAUAUCUACAAUCUGUUGAUGGUGACGUCUAAUCAAACAUAAUACUGGUUAUUUGUGUGGAGAUGAACUAUCAUGGACCAAUGUCUGUCAUUUACUGUAGACCUGGAUUGACCUAAAUUUACUGUAGACCUGGAUUGACCUAAAUUUACUGUAGACCUGGAUUGACCUAAAUUUACUGUAGACCUGGAUUGACCUAAAUUUACUGUAGACCUGGAUUGACCUAAAUUUACUGUAGACCUGGAUCGACCUAAAUUUACUGUAGACCUGGAUUGACCUAAAUUUACUGUAGACCUGGAUUGACCUAAAUUUACUGUAGACUUGGAUUGGCCUAAAUUUACUGUAGACCUGGAUUGGCCUAAAUUUACUGUAGACCUGGAUUGACCUAAAUUUACUGUAGACCUGGAUCGGCCUAAAUUUACUGUAGACCUGGAUUGACCUAAAUUUACUGUAGACCUGGAUUGACCUAAAUUUACUGUAGACCUGGAUUGACCUAAAUUUACUGUAGACCUGGAUCGGCCUAAAUUUACUGUAGACCUGGAUCGACCUAAAUUUACUGUAGACCUGGAUCGACCUAAAUUUACUGUAGACCUGGAUUGACCUAAAUUUACUGUAGACCUGGAUUGACCUAAAUUUACUGUAGACCUGGAUUGACCUAAAUUUACUGUAGACCUGGAUUGACCUAAAUUUACUGUAGACCUGGAUUGACCUAAAUUUACUGUAGACCUGGAUUGACCUAAAUUUACUGUAGACCUGGAUUGACCUCUCUCUCUAUCUGCACAAGAUCUGUUUUAUGUCAAGUUCUAUAUAUACGAUGCAAUGCGUUGAGUGAUACAAUAUUGCCUGUUCUGUUGAUCCAAAUAAUAAAUAUGCACCAAAACAUA